AUGCACACAAAUAUAGAAAUUUUGUUGUUAAUUUUAAGCCUGUUUUCAUUUUCCAUUGCCAUUUAUGCAUCAGAAAGUAAAAAUCCGAAUUCGUUGUUGUUGGCUUGUGGAUCUGAAAAUGGUGGGAAAGAUUCAGAUGGCCGGGCCUGGGAAUCUGAUAAGAAAUAUUUGGUGAAAGGUGAAAAAUCUGUUGAGACAAAGGCUGAAAUCCAAGAUCCUUCGUUAUCUGCCGUAGUCCCAUACAUGACGGGGAGAAUUUUCACGUCUGAAACAACGUAUCAACUCCCCGUUCAAAAUGCGACCUCACGUACUUUGCUUCGACUGUAUUUCUACCCAUCUUCUUACCCGAAUUUCAACAUUUCCAAUUCCUAUUUUUCAGUUGUUGCUGGUGAAGUCACCCUUGUGAACAAUUUCAGUGCUUUCUUAACCGCUGAAGCAUUGUCCCAGGCUUAUUUCAUAAAGGAAUAUUUUCUAGCCCCAUUAGAAUUUUCCACUCUUAAUGUCACUUUCAAGCCAUUUGAUAAACAGCCACAAGCUUUCGCUUUUGUCAAUGGCAUUGAGGUCAUUUCAGCACCAGAAUUAUUCAGUGAGGAACCGGUAGUUGUCGGGACCGGUGAAGUCACUGAGAACUUAGGUUGGGAUGCUGCCACUACAACUGUUUCCCUGGAUGCAACUUCAGUCGACCUGUUUGCCUGGCAGAAUUCUGUUGCAAGUCCUACCAUGAGGGAUUAUGCAAUUAGAGUUUCCAACAAGAGCAGGGAUGCAGAAUUAUGGCUGACUCUCCGCCCAAAUGUUAAAGAGAGCCCUUUAUAUGUCGAUGUUCUUUUGAAUGGAUUGGAGAUAUUUAAACUAAGUAAAUCAAAUCUAGCAGGACCUAAUCCAAUAAUUUCAGAUAUGAUGAGGAAGUACCAGGAAAAACAAGCAGCAGCGCCAAAGGCUUUUGCUCAGAAGAGUACCACCACUACCAUGGCCCUAAUCACAGGUGCUGCUGGCGGAGCUGCAGCUUUUGGGGUGGCGGCCGUCAUUUUUCUUGUUGCCCACAAGAAGAAAAAGAGAGUCCCUGGAGAUGCCACUAGUUGGUUACCAAUUUCCUGGAAUUCUAGUACUACAUCAGGGGCAAAAUCAUCUGUUUCUGGCAAGAGUCAAGGCAGCAAGACGAUUUCUUCUGAUGCUGCAAACAGUGGAGGCAGUGACAGCGGCAUGGAUCAUCAGAAUGCCGAACAAAUUGAUCAGAACAUCCUCAUAGCUAUGCAUCGAAAUACCUUAAAUCUUGGAAGUGAUGACGACGCAAAUGACUCAUCAGAUGACAGCACUGACGAUGUCUUCUCACAGAUUGCCAAUCCAAAGGGCCUUUGA